AUGGGUGUCGAACUCGAAGGAAAUGGCUCGGGGGAGCGGCCUAUGAACCCGACGAUUGCGGUCCCUCUGUUCGCUGUUGCCGGACUGAUAGCAAUGUUAUUUGUCUGGAAAACCGUCAUUCGCAUCCGACAUCGUCGACGAUCAAAGGCGGCACGGGAAGAAGCCGACCAGACGCAACUGUGCCGGACAAAUCGGUUCACUGCGGCCCUGAAAAAGCAUUUGCUAUAUGCUCCGAUAUGGGGCGAUCGUCAUAGUCGCGAGUUCCGCAUGUUUAGGCUUCAUAUGGGGUCCUUACCGCUACGACUAGAAAUGAUUUGCCUGUUGAUCUAUCUCAGCUUAAAUCUAAUUUUCAUUAUUGUCACAGUCGACUGGUGGAGAAGUGAUUACCCCGAGAAAAUGUUCCAGCUCAAAUACUCCGCGGGCCAUCUGGCAGUCAUGAAUACGCCAGGCUUAGUCCUAGCCGCAGGACGGAACAAUCCGUUGGUUCAACUGUUAGGUAUUUCGUUCGAUACAUUCAAUUUCAUGCAUCGUUGGGUGGGACGUGUGAUCGCAGCCAACGCAGUCAUUCACAUGAGCGCCGUGCUGGCCAGUCAGGCUUAUAUGUACGGCAAGGACUAUAUUAUGUAUACUAUGUGGCAACAGAGGCUUUAUACGUGUGGCCUUCUGGCCAUCCUUGGAUUCCUUUGCAUUUUCAUUCAAUCUCUGUCGCCGGCGCGACAUGCUUUUUACGAAUUGUUCCUUCACCUGCACAUAGCCCUGGCAGUAUUCUCCUUUGUGGCGCUUUGGUAUCACCUGCAACACCUGUUACAACAACGUGUGCUUCUUGGCACCUUGAUCCUGUGGGGACUCGAUCGCGCAGGUCGACUUGGAAUACUACUUUGGAGAAAUCUUAGCUCAAAACCUACAACUGCCACAGUCGAGAUUCUGCCUGGAUCUGUUGCUCGCGUUGAUGUGGCCGUGGCUCGGGCAUGGCGCUUCCGUCCUGGCCAGUAUAUGUACCUCUAUAUGCCGUGUCUGGGCCUGUGGACAUCACAUCCCUUCACAGUUGCGUGGUCGUCGACAUCGGAGCCAUUUGAUGCGAGCGAAAAGCGCGGCUCGGGUGACUCUUUAAAGAAUCUUAUCGGAGGCUCGCCCACUACAAAAAUGUCCAUUCUGAUCAAGGGCCAAGACGGAUUCACGAAAAAGUUGCUCCGGAAGGUCGAAGACUCCCCUGAAGGACGCAUUCAGGCUAUGGCAUUAGCGGAGGGGCCAUUUGGUGGUAUCCAUUCUCUCGCUUCAUAUGGUACUUUACUGUUGAUAGCUGGAGGAAUCGGCAUUACCCACCCAAUGUCAUAUUUGAACGAGGUUAUCGCUACAUUCACCGAGCAAAAAAUAGCUACUCGCAAGGUGCAUCUGGUCUGGGUCAUCCGCAGUCUAGACCAUCUCACUUGGAUUCAAACUUUCAUGGCCGACAUACUAAACCACGAAUCCCUAAUUGGCCCAAUAAGCACGAACGGGCACCCAUACUUCCAUUUCCCACGACUCCUCCUCUCCAUCACCCUCUACGUCACAGCACAUAAGGACACCGUCGAGGAAUACAUACCACAGCCAGAUUUGCCAUGGAUGAAAUGCGCUCCGCCCACUGUACCGGUCAGCAUAUACUACGGCAAGCCUUGUAUGCAAUCUGUGCUAGAAAAAGAGAAAGCAGAGCAGGUUGGUGCGAUGGCGGUUAGCGUCUGCGGUCCUGGUGGCCUGGGCGAUAGUGUGCGGGAGGCUGUUAGAAAUGUACAAGGGGAAAAGACAGUUGAUUUGUUUGAAGAGACAUUCUCAUGGUAA